AUGACGUGCCGGGUUUACUCGAAUUCCAACGACUGGGACAUCAACGACAGCGCCAUCCCUCGAAUAGACGAGUACGACGUAUUUUCGGAAUGGGCCGACGGACAUUGUCGUUUAGUGUACCGAGCGGACAGCGAAGAAGCUAAACGACAUUCGUCGGGCUGGGCGAUGCGAAACACGAACAACCACAACGUUCACAUAUUAAAGAAAAGUUGCUUGGGGGUCUUGGUGUGUUCCCUGAGGUGCAGCUUAUCGAACGGCGAGAGCGUGCAUUUGAGACCGGCCAUAUGUGAUAAAGCUAGAAAGAAACAACAAGAUUCUGUUACAUUAGGCAAACCAUGUCCGAAUAGGCAAUGUAGAGGUAGAUUAGAAAUUCAAGCUUGCAGAGGACACUGCGGUUACCCCGUGACGCAUUUUUGGAGGCACACGGAGCACGCCAUCUUUUUUCAAGCCAAAGGAGUUCACGAUCAUCCGAAACCGGAAGCCAAAAGUACUUCGGAAGCGAAAAGAACACUGGGAAGCGGUAGAAGGGUGCGAGGGUUAGCUGUUUUGCUAGCUAAGGAAGCAGCUUUAGGAAAUAAGUUGAUGUCAUUACAUGAACCAAAAAGGCAGUGUAGAGAAAUUACCAAUCAAGUUUCAAGAAGUAUUAACCAAUCAUUAGUAUCCAGCGAAUUAGAAAAAGGUUAUUGUUCUUGCCCGCCAUUCGAAUGCAUCUGCCGUUUCCAGCAAUCAAUGUUAACACCGAUCAAUCAAUUUCCAUCGUCUUUAAGUACGUACCAACAGCCUCACGUUGCAGAACCUUACUGGACUCCAGAACCUACCAUUCAACAGUCAUAUCAAAACCCACCCGGACCCGAGCCUUCGAUUCUGAACCCGCAAUAUGACUUUAACAGUUUAGCUUCAGAUAUUUUCCAACCAGAAGAAAUGUUUCAACUCGAUCAACCCGUAAAACCUGACUUUGUAGCAAUGAAUCAAACUGAAAUAGCAAGAAGUCCGCCUACGUUAUUGGACCUAGGGAGUGGUACCAUUCAUAAAGAAUUUAAAAACGAAGAGUACUGGCAUCCUGCGCUUCACAAUAUGUUGAAUGAUGAUAGUAAUAAUAGUAGUAAUAGUAGGUUUAAUUUAAAUCAGAGCCCUGAUAGUAGUCAUUUAUUAGGAAUUACUAACGAAGCACCUGUUGAUCAGCAUUUGUACUUAGAAACCAAAUCGACCGACCCUUUGUUUACGCUUCAAAAAAAUCAUUACUACCCGCAAUGUACUAUAGAUAAUUAUCCUCUUCAUUUCGAUAUGGUGGACUCGAAACCUCACUUUCUCGAUGAGAAGAACGGUCAAAAAUUUGAAUCGUCCCAUAGUAAAGCAUACUCAAAAUCUAACUAUCAAGAUGAGUACAUUGAUCUAGUGCAAUAUAACGAAUACCAUAAUUUCUUAAACGUUUACGAUACCAGUAAAACAAACAAUGAUAACAUUAUUUUUAAUGAACUUGAUUUUAGAGUUAAUUCCUGUGUUCCUAAUAUUAGUAAUGUAAAUAGUUAUAGUAAUGAUAAUUUCGAUGUGAUCUCUUAUCAAUAAGCCGGUGAUUUUUUUCACUAAUUUGAGUGCCUUCUUCUAAAAAUGCUUUCAAUGAUCUUUGAUGUUUGUUAGAAAAGCAACAAACUAAGAACUCAAUUUUCGUGUAAAACUUGUAUAUAAAUAAAUA